AUGGAAGAUUUUGAACAUUGGCAAUUUCCAGUGGAUUCCAAGAACACAAAAGUUUUGCUACAAGAUCCUUCAACCUCCACUGAUAACAAAGAGAAAUCUUUACCUUCUGUGCCGAAAGAAUACCCCAGCUUCUUGAAAGACUUCCCCCAAUGGACUACAGCACGUACCAGAGUAAAUGAGAAUCUCAACAAUAUCAAAUGCUGGGAAGAAUUGAUGAAAUGUACCGAGAAUUUCUUGAUGAUCAAACCACUAAAUGACAACUUCAAAAAAGUCAUUCAUAGUACUUUCAAUGAAUUAUUGACCCGUUUCCCUUUGUUUUUUGGGUACUGGAAGAAAUUUGUCUCAAUAGAAUUUCAACUUAAUGGAUUAGAUGCGUCGAUCAGUAUAUUAUCGCGGAGUUUGGAUAGUUUUCCUAACUCCAUUGAAUUGUGGAUAGACUAUGCCUCGAUUUUGAUCACCAAUAAUAACUUGAAUGACGAGGAGAGCGUGGAGAAGUUAAGGGCGGUAUUUCGUAGAGGUAUCACUAAAGUGGGUUGGCAAUUUUUGUCACAUCCGUUCUGGGAUAAGUAUAUCUCUUUUGAGACAAAUUUGAAGUUGAACAAUGGAACAUACGAUAAGAAUUGUCGUUUAUACAAGAUAUAUUCUCAAGUGAUUAAAAUCCCGUUACAUCAAUAUUCCAGAUACCUAACAGAGUUCAAUGAGUUACGGAAAAAUUUUACUAGUGACCAACUUUUGGAAAUUGACGAGGAAUUGAAAAUUGCAAUUAAGGAAUCUACAAAGGACAAAAGAACGGCAAUAAAUGAAUAUUUUGCACUGAUCUUCAGUAUUACUUCUCAAGGUGUUGCUGCUCGAUGGAAGUAUGAAAGCAAGUUCAAACCAAACUACUUCAAUUUAGUACCGUUGCAACAUGCAAGUUUAGAAAUUUUUCAACAAUAUUUAAAGUUCGAAGAAUUAAAUGGCACAAAGCAACAAAUAAUCACACUUUAUGAGAGAGUAUUGGUUCCCGCUGCAUUUUAUGAGAAGUUUUGGAUCAUGUAUAUACGGUGGUUGACCACCAAUCACGCAGAUGAUAAAGAAAAGAUCAAUGAGGUCUAUAACAGAGCCAUCAACAUCUUUUUACCAUUAUCAAAAAAUCAUGUACGAUUCAGCUAUCUAUUUUAUUUGGAAAAAAUUGGAGAGUAUGACGAGCUUAAUAGUACUUUCUUGAUCUUCAUUAAUUUUUUCAGCCAGUCUCCAGAGUUGAAAUCGGCAAUUUUCACAAAAUUUUUGAAUUUUUUGAGAAGAUCAAUGUCAUAUGAAGAUUAUAUAAAUGAUAUGAAUAUUGUAUUGAAAAAAUAUUUCAAAGGGAAUUUCCCAUCUUCUACAUCAAACACCGAGGAAACAAAAAGUUCAAACUUCAAAAAGUUGACAUAUAUACUUGACGAUUCAUUAGUUUGCGUGAUGAUCAACAGUUAUAUCAAUUCGCUUUGGUUGUUCAAUAACAAACAUUACAAUAAAUCACAGGUACUUGGAAUAUUUGUUGAACUUUCCAUAAAAGAACUAUUAAGGUCUAACGAAGAAUUCUGGGUCAAUUAUUUUAAUUUCACUAAGGCUAUUCAAAACUAUGGAGCGAUGAAGAAAAUGAUACAUUUAUUACGAACCACGGGCCGGUUAUCUCCACAGUUCAUCAAUGAUUUGUCAAAUCUUUAUAUUGAUUACUUUCAACUGAAUAUCAAGAAAAUUGCCCUUGACGUGAAGCUACCAUCGACAAUGGAAGUCCAUAAAGAAAUUUUUGAAAUGAAGCAGGAUAUUCAAAGUCCAAUUGCUUUCCAAAAAUCUCAUAAAUUAAGAAUCUCAUCAACUGAAGGAAAUAAAUCUACUACCACUGAUCAGUUUGAUAAGGUUUUGCACAGACUGAACGGCAAUAUUGGAUUUGAAGUCGAUGAGAGGCCAUUGGUCUCUAACCAGUUGCCGAUAUAUGAGAAUUUGAUUGACACUCCAAACUUGCCAACAUUUAAAAAUGUCGAAAAGGCUUCACUUAUAGCUAACCAGAUUGGAAGUUAA